UUCUAUAGGCUCUUGGGAGGUUACGGCCGAGGCGGCAGCGGUGAGCCCGGGGGCGAGGCGCGGACGGGAAGAGGAAAAGCCUCCAGCAGCACCGGCGGGCGGGCGGCAGCGCACCCACUGCUGCGAUCCGAGGUGAAGCCGCGCGGGGAGAGGAAGCGGGUGUUUUCCCCUCUUCGUUUCGGCCCCCGCCCUUCCUUUCAGUUUCUCCCCACUCGCUCGGAAGUUGGUGGUUGAUAAAAUGGCAGGAGCAGGAGCCCGGGCGGGUUGCCGCAGCGCCACGGGGACCCUCUGAGUUGGCUUGGUCGCCGGGGAGACGCGCGCAGGGGCGUCCGAUGCACUGGGCUCGGGGCCUUGGGAGAGCUCAGCUGCUGCUGGCCCGAGACGAGGAGGCGAAGGGGAUAGACUUGCGCCGACAGCAAGCGGCCGGCCGCGGGGCGCGCGGUCCGGGAGGGCGUGCCGCUUCGGCUCCGGGCCGCGCUCUGUGAGCCGGCGAGGCGGGAAGGGACCACUGCGGCGCCCAGCGCGUCCAAGUGUGGCGGGCGAGCAAGCGAGCAAGCGAGCAAGCAAGCAAGCGGGGCAGCCGCUGUGCGUAAUCAGUGCAGGCUACCGCCCGACUCUGACUCCGCGCGGCCGCGCCAGCGCCGGCCACACCCUCGGCCCUGCAGCCGCCGCCGCCGCUUCCUUUGAGCGGGAGGCAGGAGAUGCACCCGGGGCGGCUGCGCGUCCCAAAGCUCCAGCUCCGGCCGCCGUCGCGGGGAAGUGCCGCCUCGCGGGGUCACGGCGCCUGAAGCCCACGUGCGCCGCAGAGCCGGAGGUGGCUUUGAACGAGGCAGCUGACAGCAGAGCGCGCCUGAGCCGCCGCCCGCGCUCCUCCCCGAGGAAAGGAUUUUGAUUUCAAAGAAAGGAAGGAAGGAAGGACAACUCCCAGCUUCCCCGUCCCGCCCUCUCCGCUCCGGCAGCCGGGCCAGGCCAUGCCCAGGAAGGAGGCGGCGGCGGCGGCUCAGCAGAAGGGACUUUCCUGGCAGCCCCGCGGAGAGGAGCGCGGACUGUGAGUUUGCUCUGACCCGGUUCAUGGUUCCUGCAAGCCCUCUAGGAGGCCGAACACCGCAGCCUCUCCCCGCGACCCGAAGAGCCUCCUGCUUUUUCUGGCCCUUGGGCGCGCCCCGCGCAGCCCGGGCUCCAGUCGCCGCAGCCCAGUGCCCUCUGCUCGCGGCGGUGGAUGGCAUGAUGGUGCGGGGAAGGCACCGCGGCCUUGGCCAGCUCAGUCACGACGGCCGCGGGGGCGGCGGCAGUGGCGGCGGUAGUGGACUCCCCAGCGGCAUGCCAGUGCCCCCCGGGCGCGAUGGCUAGCGGCAGCGCUGGGAAGCCCACCGGCGAGGCGGCUUCUCCGGCUCUUGCCAGCGCCGUCGGCGGGGCCUGCUCGCAGCCGCGGAAGAGGUUGGUGUCAGUGUGCGACCACUGCAAGGGCAAGAUGCAGCUGGUGGCCGACCUGCUGCUGCUGUCUAGCGAGGCACGACCCGUGCUCUUCGAGGGUCCUACCUCUUGUGCAGGCGCCGAGUCCUUCGAGCAGUGCCGGGACACCAUCAUCGCGCGCACCAAGGGGCUCUCCAUCCUAACUCACGAUGUGCAGAGCCAGCUCAACAUGGGCAGAUUUGGGGAGGCGGGGGACAGCCUGAUGGAGCUGGGCGACCUGGUGGUAUCGUUGACCGAAUGCUCUGCUCAUGCGGCCUACCUGGCAGCGGUGGCCACGCCGGGCGCGCAGCCUGCACAGCCAGGCCUGGUGGACCGCUACCGUGUGACACGCUGCCGCCACGAGGUGGAACAGGGCUGUGCGCUGUUGCGCGCCACGCCGCUGGCUGACAUGACGCCUCAGCUGCUGCUGGAGGUGUCGCAGGGCCUGUCACGCAAUCUCAAGUUCCUGACUGACGCGUGCGCCUUGGCCAGCGACAAGUCGCGGGACCGCUUUUCACGUGAGCAGUUCAAGCUUGGCGUCAAAUGCAUGAGCACGAGCGCGUCGGCGCUUCUGGCCUGCGUACGCGAGGUGAAGGCGGCUCCCAGCGAGCUGGCACGGAGCCGCUGUGCGCUCUUCAGUGGGCCCCUGGUGCAGGCCGUGAGCGCCCUCGUGGGCUUUGCCACCGAGCCGCAGUUCCUGGGUCGCGCGGCGACCGUGAGCGCCGAGGGCAAGGCGGUGCAGACCGCCAUCUUGGGAGGUGCCAUGAGCGUGGUGUCGGCCUGCGUGCUUCUGACCCAGUGCCUCAGGGAUCUGGCGCAGCACCCUGACGGGGGCGCCAAGAUGUCGGACCACAGGGAGAGGCUGAGGAACUCGGCCUGCGCCGUGUCUGAAGGCUGCACCCUGCUAUCUCAGGCUUUAAGGGAGAGGUCUUCACCCAGGACUUUACCGCCAGUGAAUUCCAAUUCUGUGAAUUAGCACCCCCCUUCCCCAUAUCCUUUCUUCCUUUCCCAGACUAAAGGAAGAUCCUUAUUGUCCGUCCCUCUCCAUUUAUACCAAAGAAAUCAUAGGUGAAGCCCCUUUCCCCCAUGUUAAAUGCUCGAGAAGAAUCUUCCAAGAGGCAGGGCCAAGCACACAAUUUACACAGGCAUCGGGAGGGCCCAGGUGCCAACCAGCCCAUACACAGUAGGGACUGGGAGAUGGGAGAUGUGUAAUUGUGCUGGGUUCAGAAUUAUACAUCCCCACCCCCACCUCAGUCCGUCUUCCGGAAUUUCCCAAUCAAAGCUCAUUAAUUGGGCAGGAAGGAGGUCAUGGUUCAUUUCUUUAUUGGUCUGUUUUUUUUUUCCUUAAUUAAAAAGGUUACCUCAGUUUUCACUCCUUAGACAUGGAUGUAGCUACCUUUUUUUUUUUUAUGUCUUUAUUUUUUUAAGCAAUUGUGUUGGAUUUAGGAGUAUAGUUGGUGUGGAAAGAGUAUGACGUUGCCAUGUGAUUUGCAAAUGGGGGGAAGCUACUGUGAGUGUGUGUUUUAUUUUUAAUUUACACUAUAAAGAGUGAUUUUUUUUUUCCCCAAUGUCAAGUUUUUACCUUGCAUGUACUGGAGUAUUUAUUUCAUCUAUUAAAAUGUUAUGUUUCUCAGA